AUGGCGGUGGAUGAAAAAGGUAGGAUCUUGGUGACCGGCGGAGCUGGUUUCAUCGGCACGCACACGGUGCUGCAGCUUCUGAAGCAGGGUUUUAAGGUCUCGAUCGUCGACAACCUCGACAAUGCGGUCGAGGAGGCCGUCCACCGGCUCAGGCAGCUGGCCGGGCCCCACCUCUCCCAGAAUCUAGACUUUCAUUUGGGUGAUAUCAGAAAUGUGGAGGAUUUGGAGAAAUUGUUUUCACAGACCAAAUUUGAUGCGGUGAUCCAUUUUGCCGGGCUGAAAGCCGUUGGCGAGAGUGUAGCUCACCCAAUGAGAUAUUUCGAUAACAACUUAUAUGGAUCGAUUAAUCUGUACAAAAUAAUGGCAAAGUAUAAUUGUAAGAAGCUGGUUUUUUCUUCAUCCGCCACAGUGUAUGGACAACCUGAAAAAAUCCCUUGUGUGGAAGAUUCGGAAUUGAAGGCUAUGAAUCCAUAUGGCCGCACAAAGCUCUUUCUUGAAGAAAUUGCUCGGGACAUUCAGAAGGCUGACUCCGAAUGGAGGAUUAUUUUGCUAAGGUAUUUCAACCCGGUGGGGGCCCACGAGAGCGGAAUGCUUGGUGAAGAUCCAAAGGGGAUACCCAACAAUCUAAUGCCUUAUAUAACACAAGUGGCUGUCGGCCGAUUACCUGAGUUAAACGUUUACGGUCAUGAUUAUCCCACACCCGAUGGCAGUGCGAUUCGAGACUACAUCCAUGUUAUGGAUUUAGCAGAUGGUCAUGUAGUUGCACUCGAGAAGCUUCUGGAACAAAAAGACAUAGGUUGUGUUGCAUACAAUUUGGGGACAGGUCAAGGCACAUCGGUUCUUGAAAUGGUGGCUGCUUUUGAAAAGGCUUCCAACAAGAAAAUCCCGAUUAAAUUGUGUCCGAGAAGGCCAGGAGAUGCAACAGCUGUUUACGCCUCGAUCGACAAAGCUGCAAAGGAGCUUGGUUGGAAGUCGAAAUACGGUAUAGAUGAAAUGUGCAGAGAUCAAUGGAAGUGGGCGAGUCAGAACCCAUAUGGAUACCAGUCCAAGCCUUGA